AUGGAAACUCAUGAAAAAUACUUUUACUAUACUUGGAAAGAUAAACCAAAAUAAUCUUAAUUAUGUUCGAAUGACAAAAAAGUUAAUGUAUUAUGAAUUAAUUACAAAUAAGGUUUUAUGUUAAUACAGUGAAUAACUUUUACAAUCUAAACAAACCAAUUCAGAUUAAAAACACUUAGCUUUUUGGUAAUUAAAAAGGAAAAAUAGUAUAGUUGAGAAAUACUCUUAAUCUUAGAUUAAUACAACAAGAAUUAAAACAAGAAGAAAUUCUGUUGUUGCUGGAUAUGAAUCUUAAAUUAAAACAGAAAGAAAAUCUAGUUAAACAAAUUAAAUUAGCUAGGUUUCAAAUGCAUUGACUAAUAAAAAGUAAUUUCAAGAAGAUUAUAUUGAUGAAUUAUCAAGAAGAAGAUUAAGUAGAUUUUUAUCAAAUUAUGAGAUUUGUAACUUAAUUCAUAAAAGAAGUUUAUCUAGAUAAGACAAUUAGAUUUAUGCUGAGGAUAUUGAUAAAGAAAUAGUAACAGCUUAAAUCAAAUCAAUUCAAAAUCAAUAAAUUCGAUUUCAAUUUCAUUAGUCAAAUAAAUAAAUUAUACCAGAAAAAAAAUAUGAUAAUCAAAUAAAUGAUAUGGUUAAUAUGAAAUAAUCUACUUUUAAAUCUGUUUUUUAAUAGAUUUAAAAUUUAACCAAUGAAUAAAGUAAAAAAAGAAUACCUAUUACAUGUCAUAAAAUGCUUAAAUCAAGAACUAAAUUAGUUAGUUGUUCUCAUAAAGUUAGAGAAAGAUUUAAAAAUAUUAUAAAAUAAGUUUUAUUUGUAGCCAAAUAUAAAUGUCGAGUUAACUUUUGGUUUGAAUAUCCAAUAAAAUAUAAUAAUUCAUUUUAUGAAUAAAUAAUUGAAGGCAAUUAUGAUAGGAUAACUUUUAUUUUAUCAUAAGAGCCAUAUCUAAUUCAUAGCAGAAACAAAGAUGGGUAAACUCCAUUACAUAUUGCUUGUAUUUGUAAUAAUGCUCUAUUGGUUAAAUUGUUAAUUAAGAAUUGUAGUAAUAUUGAAGCAUUAGAUAAUAAAUAAUUAUCACCUUUAUAUUAUGCAUUUAAAUCAAAUUCUAAUGAAUGUUUUAAAGUAAAUAUAAACUUUAUUUUAUUUUAGAUCUUACUUAAUUUUAAAGCCAAACCAUGGUCACCACCAGGAGGAAAAUUAGAUCAAUAUUAAAUGAAUGUUGUACAAAAAAAUUUAUUGAUGCAUGCUCGCUUAAUUUAUAUAUUUACUAUUUGGAAAAUAAAAAAAUGA